AUGCUUUCUUUAAAGAAACACUACGAAAAUGGGAAUGGAAUCAGGGUUUCUACACUAGGACACUAUGUAGAUGUUGGAGGUUUACAAUUGUGGAUUGAUGUAUUGAAUGCCACACUCGAACAUGACCUUGCACCUGUUUCAGGGAUUGAUUAUUUGUUCCUAACUCUUUGUGGUACACUUUCUAAUGCUGGAAUCAGUGGACAGACCUUCCUCUAUGGUCCUCAGAUUAGCAAUGUUCUUGAAAUGGAUGUUGUUACAGGUAACGGGGACUUCCUGACUUGCUACAAAGACAGCAAUUCUGAAUUAUUUUAUGCAGUUCUAGGAGGUCUGGGGCAGUUUGGCAUCAUAACUAGGGCAAGAAUUGUCCUAACAAAAGCACCUAAAAGAGUGAAAUGGGUGAGAAUGCUAUAUAGUGAUUUCUCAAUCUUUUCAAGAGAUCAAGAACAUCUUAUUUCAAUCAAGGGUCUAGAAUUUUUGGAGGGCUCUCUCAUAAUGGACUACUCUCCUGCAAAUAACUGGAGAUUUUCCUUUUUCACUCCUUAUAACGAAUCUCAAAUUUCUCCUCUUUUGAAAAAACAUGGCAUCCUCUAUUACUUAGACAUGGUCAAGUAUUACGAAGAUGAAGCCAUCAAUUCAGUCAACAAAGAAGUUGAAAAGCUGCCGGAGGAAUUGAACUACAUUCCUGGUUUCGCUUUCAUGAAAGACCCAAACUAUGUUGAUUUCCCCAAUAGAGUUCAAACAGGGGAAAUAACCCUAAAAUUAAAAGGGUUGUGGGAUGUUCCUCAUCCAUGGCUGAAUCUCUUUGUACCAAAGUCCCAUAUCAUGGAUUUCAAUGAUGGUGUUUUCGUAGACACUAUUCACAGACAAAAGAUUACCAAAGGGCCCAUACUUGUCUACCCAACAACUAAAAUAAAAUGGGAUGAUAGGAUGUUUGCAGUUACACCAAAUGAGGAUAUCUUCUACUGUGUGAGACUAUUGCAUUCAAGCAGUUUCGAUGACUGGCAAUAUUUGGACAAUCAAAACAAUGCAAUACUGGAGUUUUGUAAUAGAGCUGGAAUAAAGAUGAAGCAGUAUCUUCCACACUACAAAUCCAAGGAAGAUUGGAUAAAGCAUUUCGGUUCCAAAUGGAACACUUUUAAAGAAAGGAAAGCACAGUUUGAUCCAAGAAAGAUAUUGUCAUCAGAACAAAAAAAUUUCAAUUCUGUUUGA